UCGGGACCGUGGUCGCCAAAAUGCGACCGAUCGCGAACCUCCCAAAAAGACCGCGGUCGCCUUACGGCGACAGAAACAAUAGCUUUCUUUAGGGUCUUAUUGAAAGAGUUGUAUACUCCCUCUACUGUUCAAAGUUGUACAGGCACGUUCUAUACACAAUAGGCUUUUGAAUGGUGCGAACUUUGACCCACCUUCCCAUAGAAAAUUUUCGCACAAUCGGUCAUUGAACUUGUCAUUCGGAGCUAGAAUUCUCGCAAUUUUCCUCAAAUAGAGGCCGUUUCAUGGCGGCCUGUAGUGAUAUUUCGUCCUCGUCGUUAUCGGAGGAUAGCAGCAGCGUAUUGUCAGAUGAUAAUUCUCGCAAUUUUUCCCAAUCUGACGAUGAAUUUAUGGACAUUUCUUCUUCUGAUGAGCAAGAAGGAGAUGCAGUUUUGGACCCACCACAAGCUCCAAGCAACCUCCGCCGUCCGCGCGGGGUACGUGUUCGUGGAGGGGGCGUACGCGGAAGGAUGGUUCGAACGAGAGGAGGUGGAACUCCACCUGUGCGUGGCCGUGGUGGACGUGCUACAGUAAACUACCGUACUGGAUGGCAAGAAGUGGAAGUAUUUCAACCGGCUGACACUCCAUUUACAGGUUCCCCAGGUCCCACGGCAGACUAUUCAGGUCUAACUCCUGUAGAGAUUUUCUUUCUCUUCUUCACUGCUGAAGUCUGGGACCUCAUCGUAGAAGAGACCAACCGGUAUGCCUCCCAGACCAUGGCUGGAUGGACCGAUGCAAAAAGAGAUGCGUAUCGCUGGACUGAUGUCGACCGACCAACAAUGCAGGCGUUUAUUGCUCUCAUCAUGGCAAUGGGCGUAGUGGGCAUUCCUAGAUACAAGCUGUACUGGUCUACAAUGGAGCCAUUUGUGAAUCCUUUUUUCCCGUCUGUGAUGGCUAGGAACACAUUCACGCGCAUACUACGAUUUCUUCACCUCAACAAUAACCAGCAUCCCGACCCAACUAACUCAAGAACCCGGAAAGUCGAUCCGUUCAUCAAGAUAGUGAUCCCCCUCUUCCAAACCAGAUACAUGCCAGCAAAGAACAUUUCGCCAGAUGAAAGUAUGAUUAGAUUCAAGGGUCGCCUAUCUUUCGUCCAAUAUAUGCCCUUGAAGCCUAUCAAAUGGGGAAUGAAAGCCUGGGCUUUAUGCGAAAGUAGCACAGGUUACACAUGGAGCUGGGCCCUUUACACUGGUGGCGAUGGAAACAGGGCAGCAGGACCAUUUGCCGUUGGAGCUGUGAUUGAUGGUUCCAGGACACACCCUGGUGAGGAACAUAUUUACAGCAGUGGGAAAGUUGUUCUGGAACUUGUGAAGGGCCUCGAAAACAAGGGACAUCACCUCUAUUGUGACAAUUUUUACACAUCACCAGCCCUCUUUGCUAAGCUCCAGCAGCUGGGGUUUGAAGCUUGUGGCACUGUUAGGGCAAGUGCAAAGGGACUGCCCGAUGACGUCAAUCAAAAAAAGCGAAAGACGAAGAAAGGAGAUCCACCCAUGUUCUUGACGAAGAGAGGUCAACUAUGCAUAGCAUGGCAUGACAAGAAGCCCGUUGUUAUGUUGUCUACAAAUGGGAAUUGUGACAUGAUUGAAAAGAGAGUGCGGACCAGACAUGCUCCGGGAGGUACCAAAGUGGUAAGAAAACCAGCAACGAUCGAAGCCUACAACCAAAAUAUGGGAGGCGUGGACAAGGCGGAUCAGUUUUUCCAGUAUUACAUUCAUGCCCAUAGGACUGUGAAGUGGUGGAAGAAGGUGUUUUUCCACAUCAUCGAGAUGUCACUACACAACGCGUACAUUAUACACCAUGCCUGCAAUCCCGAUUCCAAGUUGGAUAGCCUUGGAUUCCGUCUGAAGGUCAUCCAUGGCCUUCUGGAAAACUGGCCAAGGAAUCGUACUCAUAUGAGGAGGCGUGCCCAAGGACCCGAUCAGCCAGAACGCCUGACAGGGCGUCAUUUUCCGAAGAAAGUAGAGGGUGAUUCACGACCAGACUGUAUUGUUUGCAGCAACAGAUCAGUAAGAGGUGGCCGAAAGCAAACGCGUGACAUGUGCAGAGAUUGCGACCGCCCCAUGUGUGCUGUUCCGUGUUUCGAACGAUAUCACACACUUCUGAACUACAGGCCUGCUCCAUAAAGACACACCCUUAUUUACAUUGACAUGUUGCUACGUAUAACAGUACUCGCACAUUCUCAUGCAAUAUAAAGGGAUCGUAACAAUUUCAUGCAAUAAUGAUUCAUGCUAAAAAUAUUGUUUCUCAACUUCUCGUGCAGUUUAUAAUUCAUGCAAUAAAACAUGCAUCUCACCUGUUAUGUGCCAAUUUGCACCUGCUUCUGUGCCAAUUUGCACCUGCUUCUAUGCCAGUUUUCACAUGCCCGUCUUGUAUUAUAACCAUUCUCUGUUCUCUUGACAUUCACCUCUGUACCGUCCAUUUACAUAGGCUGAUCAUACAAAGUUAUUUUGCCAUGGAAAUGAAAUUCUAUUCGAAACAUUAUCAGGUGUAUAUUUGUAAUUUUUGCCAUUUUAUGCAUCUCUGAGUUUUAUCUAUUUUUGCCAAGCUUUACAUUUCGUAGCCAAAGAUUAUGUUCGUGUGAAGUCUAACAAAUAUCUUGAUGUACAUGUAUUAUUCCAAAAAGAGUACAGUAUUUCAUAUCUUUAUCCUGCUAUACAUUGCCAUUUUUGCAGCUAUAAACUUGGAAGUCUUUCCAGUUUAUCUUGUUUUGCCAAAAUUCAGUAUUUGAGUAUGAUUUUUUUGAUACCAUUUUUACACAGUUUUAGAAAUGUUGAUUUGUGUCAUUGACAUGUCUGGUUAGGUUCUUAGUUUAUAUAUAUAUAUAUAUAUACAUUUUUGUAAGCUUGAUAUAGUUGUAACAUUUUGCCAGUUUUGUGCACCUCUGACCUUGUAUUUUUUUUGUCAUGCAAUAACCAGAUCAUUUUGUAUGCUACCAUAACAAAGUUUUGAUAAUAUUUCCUUGAAUGUAUUCAUCCUUGCCAUCUGUUCUAGCCAAUAAUUUGUGCACAUACGAUACAGUUGUAGUAGUUUUUAUAUCUAAUGCCAUAUGUACCAUUGCCAUUUAUUAUCUUUCUUAGCCAAAAUUUGAUCACAUGCAGUUUUUUAUUUACUUUAUUCAGUUGUAGGAGCUUUUUUUCUUUAUUCUUUUAGACUUAUUCAUUAGUUAUUACAAAAUCUUAGACAAAGAUUGUGUUUAUUUUAUACAUGUAGUAUAUCAGAUGUAUAUCUCAAUAUACAUGCAGUUCGUCAUUUUUUCAGCUUUUGAUGUACCUAGAUAACUUUAUUUAUUGUUGUAUAAAUGUCUUACUAUGUCAGUGAGAUCUAAGACUUGAUAUACAGUAUGUUAUAACUUUUAUGCUGCUUUGACAUAUUUGGAAAUUUUCUGUGCUCAUUUUGCACUCCUCUUAGCCAUACAUUUAGAUCAUUUUGGAUCGAUAAGUUUUUUUUUAUUCACCUUGAUGCAGUUGUUUACAUGUACUCUGCUGAACAAAAAUCACCUUGUAAAUAACUUACUAUACCUCAGUUAUGCGUGUCUGUGGAUAGUUUUUUUUUAUUCAUAUACCUUGUUUUAUGAAAGUUUUUUAUCAGACAUCUUUUUCUCAAGUGUUAUCAAAGUUCAGGAAGUAUGGAUUUGUUCAAUAAAGUUUAUUUCUUUGUUACUAUAGAGGCUUGUAUUUCAAAUGUUCCCUUUUAUUGUGUAAUAUCUGUCUUUAUAUUUGUAUUUUAUAAAGAAGUUUGUAUGAAAGCAAUGAAACCACAAAGAGAGUAAAGCGAAAGAAAAUAAAGAGAGUAUUGAGGAGGGAAGAAUGAGACAUGUGGGGGAUGAAAAGGGAAGGGGAGAAAAUUGAGAUAUAUGUAGGAAAGAGAAAAGAACAGCAGAAGAUGGAGGAAGAACAUAAAGGAAAAAAACGGGGUAAAGGUAGAGAUAGAGAGGUGACUCUGUAAUAACAUUGAAAAUAAAACAAAAACUUGUGUCAGGCUUAGAUAAAUAAUUAAAAAAUUCACUUGAAAAACUUCACUAACUAGCAUAAAGUGUCAGAGGGAGAAAGUGAGAGACAGUUGUGACAGGAGAGAAAACGGGGAAAAAACAAGCAGAAUUGUGAGAGUCAAAAUAAAGAAAUUCAAGAGGAAGGAGACAGGAGGGGGGGGGG